CACGUCUUGCCUCCUGAGUCCCCCCCCCCCCACCUCCACCUCCGACCGGGAUAGUCUGUGAGGUGCAUGUGUGAACAACCAACUCAAGACGAUUUCAGGGCCAGUGUGCCUGAAGUUCUUUUAUUCUUUUGAAAUAGCUUUGUCUGUAUUCUGACCCUAAACCAUGAAUAUCCAUCUAUCCAUUUUUCUGUGGAGUCGGCUCGUGCGGUCGAAGCAGGAUAAGCAAGUUGACCAAGACAUCCAGCUCCUUCUGGAAGAUUCUGUGGCGGUCCCAGGUCAGCAUGUGCACGAUAAGCCAAUACAACAAAUACAUUAGGCAUCCUCCUCAGUCUGUACGGGAACAACUGUGUACCUCCUCCAUCACUACUGGAAACAGCUGCUAUAACUAAACUAGGGCCUUCCCAGUGUCAUCAGUUUCCAAUGGCGCGACAGGUGUAGAGGGAUAAUGCAGCAGGCUUAUCAUAGACAACAAACUGAGCGAUGCUAUCAGCCAACCUAACACCCCUGACCUAAUAACCAUAGACACGGCCGCCGGAUACAAUCUUUAGGACACUUUGAUAUACACAGGGGACUUCAUCAGGAUCCUGAAAACCUGCCCUCACAGGUCACACCUAGCCUGUGGAGCGGAGAGUUGAACGUGUCUUAAGGGAGGGGAAUAAAGGUAUGGACACAGAGAUUCCUCCGCCCACCUGGAAAUAAAAGUGAGCUGAAUAUAUACACUGCACGCUAACAUUAGGUCCUCAGUAAAGACGUGUUGGUUUUCAGGAUAACCUGUGAUUUGAACUUUGAACGUGGAUACAGAGUGAAGAGGAGGAUUCCUGCUGGAUUGCACUUAAGAAGAAAUGUGCAGCGUCUUGUAACUCACCUUGACUGAUAGCUACUCCUCCUCCACCCGACUGCGGCAGUUUUAGGACCGACUCCGCUGUGUGAAGACAUUUUCUGCAGAUUGAGAUGAGAGCUACAGCUUGCACAUUGUUUCUCCUGAGCCUGCUGUGGGACAGUGUGAGAGCCGAAAACUCGAUCAGCAGCUUACAGAUGGCAGCAGUUUCGUGGGAAGGCGAGCUGCCGUGCAGAAAGUGGGACUGCGAGUGUACGUUCAAGAACCAGCGAGGCUGCUGCUGCGCGGCCACAGAGCUCCAAGAGGCGGAGGACCAAAUCUUCCAGAGAGUGAUGGAACUGUCCACGCGCAUUUUCCAGCUGGGAGACAGCAUCCAUGAAGUCAUAGGAGGGGUAAGAGUUGCAUUCACAGCUUCCAUGAGCCGGAGAAAGACCUGCUUUGGACCUUUCACCAGGAACAGUCCAAUUCCUUAUGACGUCAUCACGCUCAACCAUGGAAGUGGAUACAACCCAACGCUGGGUACAUUCACAGCCCCUCGUUCUGGACUGUAUUCCUUCGCCCUCUCGGUCUACUCCAAGGUCGGUGGGGAAGGCGAGAAGAUGUACUACAAGGUGCAGCUCAUGAGAAAUGGGGAGGUGGUGGCGUCUACCUGGGAAGACAACAGAGAGGACUCAGAGGACAGCAGCACCCAGACGGUCCUGCUGUCUGUGGAGCAGGGAGGCCAGGUCUAUGUAGAGCUGCUGAGCGGGAGGCAGCUUUGUGGGAACGUUGAGGGCCUAAACACCUUCUCUGGAUCCUUGGUUUACCCAUCUCUGCCCUGAUAGUGGUUUGCUUAAAGGUGGUCAUAUUGGAAACUGCACUAUGUUGGCUUUUAGGGAAAUUUAAUAAAGAUAUAGUCUGUUUCUUUUCUUGGAUAUUGAUGUGAUUUUUGUUCAAGUGUCUUCACAGAAUGAGUGGCACCAGAGCAACAUAUCACAAACCUUUUGUUGGUACUCUGAUGACUCCCUACUUUACCUCUCAGGAUGUUCUUAAUGAUUGUUUAAGAAAUACCCAAUAAAUAAAUAUGUGCUAAUGUACAAAACUGAAAAAUCAGCAGUGGGACAAACCAAAGACCCUCCAGUCUACUAGCUCUGGUGCAUAUCAGGGUUCUGCAUGUCACAUUACGCCUGAGUGUUUGUUUUUUUUCUGCUGAUUUUAUUCCGAUUAGUUGUAUCCAAAUCAACAAAGCUUUUGGAGGUGGCUGAGUGAAUCAAUGGAUAUUUUAUGGUCUUCUCUGCAGCUGCACCCACACAAUUUAAAAAUGCCUGAUAGCUUCAGCUCUUUUCUUUUGGUUUGGAGCUUUA